CCGCCUGAUGCGACUCUGCUAUCGAUAUAACAAUGGCGAUUGAGAAGUCGGCAACACCGUGUGAUGGCGGUACCACCGGCCAUGUUGAGCAGCAAUCAACCACGCAAAAUGCAGUAAACACUGAGGUGCAAGAGAGGCCAUCACCUAAUGGUGGGUUUGAGGGUUGGAUAAGUGUUGUUGCUGGAUUUUGCGUUUUUGUUAACUCCUGGGGGUUGAUAACUACGUAUGGCGCCUUUCAGGAAUAUUACCAGACAGUGCUAUUGCCCGAUCAGCCUCCAUCAUCGCUAUCAUGGGUAGGCAGUAUCCAAGCGACACUCAUUGUCAUGGUAGGAAUUAUAACAGGGCCGUUGGUGGAUUCCGGCUACCUGCGACCAUUGAUUGUAUGCGGGAGCUUUUUGACCGUGUUUGGGAUCAUGAUGACCAGUCUAUCAACACAGUACUAUCAAAUAAUCCUAGCUCAAGGGUUCGGCGUGGGUCUAGGCGGCGGAAUCGCAUACAUCCCAGCGCUCGUGGUUAUUUCCUCACACUUCACCACGAAACGACCCAUCGCAAUCGGCUGCGCAUCCAUCGGGUCCAGUGUCGGUAGCGUCGUCUUCCCCAUCAUGUUCCGUCAGCUUCAGCCCAAGAUCGGAUUCCCCUGGACGGUGCGCUGCAUUGGCUUCAUCAACCUCUUCCUUGCCCUAAUCACGUGUGCCGUGCUGUGUCGACGUCCUGGAAAAAGGACCCGCGCCAGAAGCAUGAUCGACUUCAAGGCCUUCAAGGAACUGCCAUUCAUGCUCUACUCUGUCUCCCUGACAUGCAUCAUGCUCGGCUACUACAUCCCGGUCUUCUACGUCCCAUCCUACGCCCGCGUGGCACUACACACCACCCGAGACCUAUCCUUCUACAUGGUCGCCAUCAUCAACGGCGCAUCAGCAUUCGGCCGAACACUACCAUACCUCGCCGGCUCGCGCGUCAAACCCAUGGUCAUCUUACUCUGCGCUACAGCCGCCGGGGCAGUCGCCAUGUUCUGCUGGAUCGCUGUUAGCAACACAGCCGGAUUUAUCGUCUGGGCAUGUUACUGGGGUUUACUCAGCGGUGUGCUGGUCACGGCUCCGACCUCCAUUGCCGGCCAUCCGGUUUACUGUCCGGAUCCGAGCUAUCUGGGCACGCGCAUGGGGAUGAUGUGGGGAAUCAGUUCGUUUGGGUCCCUAGUUGGGACGCCGAUCGCGGGUGCGUUGGUUGAUCUCGACACGGCAGAGUUUUGGCGAGCGCAGGUAUUCGCGGGUUGUUUGAUGGUAGGGGCUGUUUUGUUGCAGUCGUGGCCUACUACUAUUGUCGUUAGAUAUGAUCGCGAGAAGGCCUCGGUUGAUGGCUAG